AUGCCUUCGUAUGCAAAGUUCCUGAUGGAGACAUUAUCUAAUAAGCGGAAGCUCACAGAGGAUGAACCUGUGACACUAACAGAGGAGUGCAGUGCAAUCAUACAGAAAAACAUGCCUCCAAAAGUGAAGGAUCCAGGGAGCUUCAGUAUUCCAUGCACCAUCGGUAAGACGACUAUAGAGAAAGUCUUAUGCGAUCUUGGUGCCAGCAUAAAUGUGAUGCCCCUCAGCCUUAUGAAAAAACUGGGAAUUAAUGAAGUAAAGCCAACAAGGAUGAAGGUUCAACUGGCUGACCGCUCAAUAAAGCAAGAACAUGGUCUUUUAACUGGAAGUCAAUUACCCUUGUCUUUGCAUAGGGUUGACCUUCAACAGUAUGCUCUUUGA